CUGCCUUCACUUCGCGCUCGGUUCAACAUGGACUUUCUACACGUUUUACUUUUCGUUGCAGUCACCGCGUGCACGGUGGAAGUUUCUCUUCAAGGGGUAUACCAGCACAGACUGUAUAAAGAGCUGAUGAGUGGCUACAACCCACUGGUGAGACCAGUCUCCGAUGACUCUAACAAGCUCACUGUUGACUUUGGCCUCAGCCUCAUGCAGAUCAUUGAUGUGGAUGAGAAGAAUCAGAUUUUAACAACCAACAUUUGGCUGAAACUGUACUGGAAUGAUCAUUACCUCCAGUGGAAUGAAUCGGAGUAUCCAGGUGUUCCCAAUGUGAGAUUUCCUGACAAUCUCAUUUGGAAGCCAGACAUCCUGCUCUAUAACAGUGCAGAUGAAAGAUUUGAUGGUACUUUCCGCACCAACAUUUUGGUCGAUUCCACGGGCGCCUGUUCUUACAUACCUCCAGGGAUCUUCAAGACCACUUGCUACAUCGAUGUGCGCUGGUUCCCUUUUGAUGUCCAGAGAUGUGACCUGAAGUUUGGCUCCUGGACUUAUGGGGGCUUUUCUCUGGACCUGAAGAUGGUGGAGGCAGAUAUCAGUGGCUAUGUUGCUAAUGGAGAGUGGGAUCUUGUUGAGGUUCCAGGGCAGAAAAACGAGCGUUUCUACGCCUGCUGUGAGGAGCCGUACCCUGAUGUCACCUUCACUGUGGUGAUGCGGAGACGGACCCUCUACUAUGGCCUCAAUCUGCUCAUCCCGUGUGUUCUGAUCUCCACUCUGGCCCUGCUCGUCUUCCUUCUGCCUGCGGACUCUGGGGAGAAGAUCUCACUGGGCAUUACAGUCCUGCUCUCCCUGACUGUCUUUAUGCUGCUAGUUGCAGAGAUUAUGCCUGCCACAUCAGACUCGGUGCCUUUAAUAGCUCAGUACUUUGCAACUACGAUGGUCAUUGUUGGACUCUCAGUAAUUGCUACAGUUCUGGUAUUACAAUAUCACCACCAUGACCCUGAUGGAAGCAAGAUGCCAAAGUGGACCCGUGUGAUCCUGCUGAACUGGUGCGCCUGGUUCCUGCGCAUGAAGCGUCCAGGUGAGGAGCGGGUGCGUUCAGCCUGUCACAAUAAGGCUCCACGGAGCAGCGUGACCAGCAUAGACGUCAGUGCUGGCGCCUCAGCCCCCCCACCCACCAACGGCAACGUGCUCUAUGUUGGCAUGCGCAACCUGGAGAGCAUUCACUACUCCACAGCUGCCACCUCAUCUGACUCCGGGGCCGCGUGUGGACGACUGGCUGGACAGGAAGGUGAGGAUGAGAUGCUCCUCCCCGCAGGUCAGACCCCCUUCGUGAAGAGUCUGGAGCCAGAGCUGGUCAAGAUCCUGGACGAGGUGCGCUAUAUUGCCAAACGCUUCCGUUACCAAGACGAGCAUGAGUCAGUGUGCAACGAGUGGAAAUUUGCUGCAUCUGUUAUCGACAGGCUUUGUCUCAUGGCUUUCUCGCUCAUCACUAUCCUCUGCACCAUCGGGAUCCUCAUGUCAGCACCCAACUUUGUGGAGGCCAUUUCCAAAGACUUUUUCACUUGAGAGCUUUAUCGCAGUGAAAACAAAAGUCUACUAACCAACAACAAUUUGUAAACUCAUGGGGCAGUAAUUUGGACACAGUUAACUCACCUAGUGUGUAUGGGACUUCUAUAUCACCAAACAUUUAACCAAACUGAGGACUUAUGUAUGUAAUGCAUAAAUAAUUACAUGCCUCACAUUAUAGUGGUGAAAAUGGCCAGCUUUUUCCUUUUAUAUAACACAGCCUGAUGGUGUGCUAUCAGUUAACAUUUGAAUUUGAUUCCCUCGUCCCAGUUUUGAAAUGACUGAAAAAUAUUGAUCCUACAAAGCAUUGUUUAUGAUGUAAUUUGCUUACCUACAGAGAAUGCAACUGUGGUUUGUUAUAUGAUGUUACCUGUGUAUUAUUGUUCAUUACAAUCUAUCUAUUAGAAGAUCCUGACUAAAAUAUAUUCCAUACAUCGAACAUUGCAGCUGCAGUAUCUUGUAUUGAAAUGAUUCUGUUGUCUUGCAUGAUUCCUCAUAUGUCCAGAACAGUUUUGUGAUGUUUUAAAUUGCCUUUCUAUGAAAACAAAUUCUAGUUGAUUAUUAUCAUAAGCAUAA